AUCGUUCAGACGCACUUAUCUAAUUUGUAUGUAGCGUAUAAAAUAUUGUUAUUUCAAUAAUUCUGAAACAACAUUUAUUAUCGUCAUGUCGGAGUCUUAAGAAUGAAAUGAUUUCUGCUGAUUGGCUUAAGUUAAGCGAAAAAUAUUCGCUUCAUAAUAGAGGAACAAAGAGGCGCGGAUGUUGUUGUGGCCAAUAGCAAAUCCUAAACUAAACAACAGGUAACGAAUAAGAAAUACGAUCAACUACUUCGAUGUCGUGUUGUUUAAAGUAACAAUUUCAAAACAGAGUUGAGAACUGAGUAGUCGGGAAUUAGUAGAGUUUUUUUAGAUCUGAAUCGGCGUCUCCGAUUUUUUAGCGAGGUGUUUUUUUUUUCUCUCUCGGGUUUCAUUUGAAACAUGUCAGACGAAGAACGAAUACAUCUGGUGUCGCAAAAAGCGCGUGAAAGCGAAGAAUCCGCGAAACCAGCAGCUGCGGGAGCAGAUGGCGGUGAAUCUUCCGAUGCUGAAACGGCGUUCGAAGACGUUCCAGUCUACAUUACAUGUCCUUACUGCCAUGAAAAAAUAGUGACUCGGACGAGUUUCAAAUCUGGAAAAUACACAUAUUGGACAUCAGCUUGUCUCUGUAUAUUUCAGUGCUACUGCUGUAUGUGGAUACCAUUCAUAUUGGAUGGACUCAAGAACGUCGUUCAUUCCUGCCCAAAGUGCGGCGCCAAGCUUAGUGAAUAUAGUCGCUUUAGAGUCGAUCGUAUAUGGAACAAGAAGAAGAAACAUAGACAAGCGCAACACAAUUACACAAGAGGAUAACCUGGCGUGUCCACACUGAAACAGUUUGAGCCGGGACGCACGUUUAGCUUGAUUCUAUCUAGACUGUCUUCUUUAAUGAAGGACAACGUAACGAGGGAAAAUUGGGUUGGCACUAGUUCAAACGACUGGAGAGUGUUUUUUGUACAGAGGAAGCGUUUCCGUAGAGACUAAAGAGUUCAUGCACCGAAUACCUUGACUAACAGAUAUUCCAAGGGUUACGUUAAAGUUGUCUUACUUUUUUUCACGUCGACAGAGAAAUUUCUGAGCUUGAAGACUCUAAGUAAUUUCGGAAAUAUUUUUUUCAGGCAUGCCAAUAAGUCCUUAACGGACUUUACAGACUGUGAUGUGUUUACCACCCGUUUUCCGCAAUCUAGAAUUAUUUUAUUUCAUAUCGCGCUUAAGGCUUGUGAAGGGACGAAAGAAAAACAAACCUGGGCGAUUUGUUUAUGAAUGAUUUCUCUUAAGUAGUCAAAUGUGCGUGUAAUGAAAAUCAGCUGAAUCUUCAGGGGACACAGAAUUGUACUUUCAAAGCUUGUAAACUUAUAAUAAUAAAACCAGUUUUAAAAGAGAAGAUUGUUUUUACUGACUGUACCGUGAAUAAACAAUUAAAUUUAUCCUCAAGAUACACUGAGAAUAAGAAACAGUUUUCCACGUACAAUUGUAUCCAACUUUCAUGAUGAUCAAAGUCAAAAGAAACAUUUUCUUUUGCCAUAGAUCAUCACAUGUCGCGAGCAUGCUAAGUCAGAACUCGAACUUGCUUCAUGUAGCUUCCCACAGUCCAUACCUGGAAGACCUCGGGAGAUAUUCAGCGAGUUUAGCCCUCAGCUUAGUUUAUAAGAAGUGGACUGUAAUGUCCUCUAAAGUAUCUUUUUCUUGUGCUUGAAUUUGCAUCCGCCGGCCGCCUGUUUAGUGGACCCAUUGCGAGUUGGGUGGAUGACCUGUGGCUGUCAUUCCCAGUGCACUCUCUUUGCUUUUACCGGUACAUCAGUGUCACUUACAUGAAGAAGAUUUGCAUCUUUUGGAAGCCUUAGGAUGGACACGGAAAAUGAGAAGAAACCUAGUGUUAAUGACGAUUUUGUUUGUAAGAAGCAUGUAAAAUUCUUUAAACGAUGCCUUGAUGUACUACCCGCAGCAUAUUCCUCUUUAGAUACUAGCAGGUUUGUACAUAGAGUAAUUGACAGAUACGGUAUUGUACCCUUCGUAAAGUUUAUCUUUGGCGUUUAUUUGCUCUGUUCUCCCGGUAGUUUCUUACAUGUCUGGUUUACUUUGACAGCAAUUUUCUUUUCCUCUCCUUACGCUUCUGUGAAAGAUGAGUAGAUGUGAGGUGUAUGUGUAGUGUUAUCAUCAACAGAUGAGCUGUAAUCUUAAAGAGGUUUAAACAGUAACUUUUUUCAAGUAAUUAAAAAUUGUGUUUACAAACAAACUUCAUCAUUGAAGUUCAUUAGGCUUAAGUUUAUUUGAGUAACAAUACAGGACGCAACAGCUAUGAAUUUGGAAGUUUCUGCGGUACUAUAGUUACGUAAGUAUCACAAGCUUUCAAAGACAUGAGUGAAAUGAUGUUAAAAGAAGGUUGAAUGACUAUCAUCUAUGACUGUUGCUGUUGGUGUAUUACUGUGUAAAGGCUAGGUAUGCAUCUGUGACAGUUCAAUUAUUUGCCACAGUGGUAAAGUAUGAGAAUAUUCCCUCUUGGGUGAAUGAAAUCAUGCGUAGAGACUUUCUUUUAAUCUUCAGUUAUGUCAGUAGCCCGACUUUUAGCUCACAUUUCAUCAUGUUUAAUUUUAUUAAUAAAGGUUAAAGGUUAAUAUUUUGACUCAAUAUUUUGUAAGAUGAAGUUCUAUCAGAAUUUCAAACAUUUUCAUGGCACAGUUUUGGAAGGUCCUCACAUUGUUUUCAGAAUUCAAUAUGAGUCAUGUCUUUCAUUGUCUGAUCUAGAUCUAAUCAGUCUCCAUAGCGCUGUUUCAACGCCCGGUCACUUGGUGGAAUCCUACCCAACAGCCUGGUGGUGGAGGAGGUGGGGGGGAGGGAAGGGGGUACUCUACAAAAUUCCAUAUGGGGUGGUACUUCCCUGAGGUCCUUGAUCCCUUACCCUUUUGUAUACAAUUUUGACAGAAAAAGUACCCCUUUCAUAUAUCUUCAAUUGAAAAACAGCACCGCUCUUGCAUACUUUGAUAACAUGCCCAUAUUAUGAACAAAUCACAAAAAAGGAAGCCUUUCUGUGAUUUUCAUGAAAGUAUGUGAAGUCUGCAUACAAGCCAAGUGGCCCA